GGGAUACACUUUUGCAUGCGUCCAUCCGAGCUGCGCAAUUGUGGGAAAACAGUAUGCUCUCCUCCUGUAUGGAACACUACUUUUGCAAAAACAGUGGCUUGAAGUGGCAUCCAUGAGAUUUAGAUGGCCUUAAAAUCGCAACUGCUGUAGAAAUCCAGCAGGCUCACCAAGGCAUGGGGCGUCUGCCCCUGUCCUAGACCGCAAGCUCCGGCCCCCAGCUUGGGAACCCGCCGCUGGAGGGCGCCGAGAGCGCGCUGGCCCUCGGCUGGAGAAGGUCGAGCGCGGGACCCGCCGCUGUAAGCCCCAGAGCCGCGGGAUCACCGGGCCGCACAGGACGCCAGGACUGUCACUGUGGACGCGCCGAGCUCACCGACCCGGGACACCGGCCUCUGGGGAGCGUCAGGCCUUUUCCUCCGGACUCCACGACUCCCGAUCCCGGGUGGGCAGCGUUCGGGGCGGAGGGCGAUGUCUGCGGGAACCCACCGCGGUCCCCCGGGAAACCGGGCGCCUCCGUUCGCGCGUCUCUGUUGCGUCUCGGCCGCGCUGGGGAUGCUGUGGUCCCCCGCGUCGCUGGCGUUCAAUUUGGACGUGGACAAGCUCACGGUGUACACUGGCCCCGAGGGCAGCUACUUUGGCUACUCACUGGACUUCUACAUACCUGAUGCGCGCACAGCCAGCGUCUUGGUGGGGGCGCCCAAAGCCAACACUAGCCAGCCGGAUAUCGUGGAAGGGGGAGCUGUCUACUACUGUCCCUGGCCGGCAGAGGGGUCUGCACAAUGCAAGCAGAUACCGUUUGACACCACCAACAACAGGAAAAUCAGAGUGAAUGGAACCAAAGAACCUAUAGAGUUUAAAUCAAACCAGUGGUUUGGAGCAACAGUGAGAGCUCACAAAGGAAAAGUCGUGGCCUGUGCCCCUCUGUAUCACUGGAGAACUCUUAAACCUAACCCAGCAAAGGACCCGGUUGGCACAUGCUAUGUAGCAAUUCAGAAUUUCAGUGCUUAUGCUGAACACUCUCCUUGCCGGAACAGCAAUGCUGAUCCUGAAGGCCAAGGUUACUGCCAAGCAGGCUUCAGUCUGGACUUCUACAAGAAUGGAGACCUUAUAGUGGGAGGACCUGGAAGCUUUUAUUGGCAAGGACAGGUGAUCACUGUCAGUGUAGCAGAUAUCAUUGCAAAUUACUCAUUCAAGGAUAUUCUAAGAAAACUGGCAGGAGAAAAGCAGACUGAUGUGGCUCCAGCUUCCUACGAUGACAGCUACCUCGGAUAUUCAGUUGCUGCUGGAGAAUUCACUGGGGACUCUCAGCAAGAAUUAGUUGCUGGGAUUCCAAGAGGAGCACAGAACUUUGGAUACGUCUCUAUCAUUAAUUCCACAGAUAUGACUUUCAUUCAGAAUUUUACUGGUGAACAGAUGGCAUCUUAUUUCGGAUAUACAGUGGUGGUAUCAGAUGUUAACAAUGAUGGCAUGGAUGACAUAUUGAUCGGAGCCCCUCUCUUUAUGGACCGUGAAUUUGAAAGUAACCCUAGAGAAGUAGGGCAGGUCUACCUGUACCUACAAGUGAGCACCCUCCUCUUCCAAGACCCACAGGUCCUCACCGGCACGGAGACUUUUGGGAGAUUCGGUAGCUCUGUGGCCCACUUGGGGGACCUGAAUCAAGAUGGAUACAAUGACAUCGCCAUCGGUGUGCCCUUUGCAGGCAAGGAUCAAAGAGGUAAAGUGCUCAUUUACAAUGGGAAUCCACAAGGCUUACACGCCAAGCCUUCCCAAGUGCUGCAGGGAAUGUGGGCCUCACAGACCAUCCCUUCUGGAUUUGGCUUUUCUCUAAGAGGAGACGCAGACAUAGACAAGAAUGAUUACCCAGAUUUACUUGUGGGAGCGUUUGGAAAAGGGAAAGUGACUGUCUACAGAGCAAGGCCAGUUGUAACAGUGGAUGCCCAGCUCCUACUACACCCGAUGAUUAUCAACCUUGAAAAUAAAACUUGCCAGAUUCCGGAAUUCCCGACACCUGUAGCCUGCUUUUCUUUAAGAGUCUGUGCAUCUAUAGCAGGCCAGAGCCUUUCAAAUACAAUAGCCCUGGUGGCCGAGGUGCAGCUAGAUUUCCUGAAGCAAAAAGGAGCCAUCAAGCGGACACUCUUCCUCCGGAACCACCAGUCCCAUCUCACCUUCCCCAUUGUGAUGAAGCAGCAGAAAUCCCCCCACUGUCGGGAUUUUAUCGUUUACCUCCGAGAUGAAACUGAAUUCCGAGAUAAAUUAUCUCCCAUCAACAUUAGCCUGAACUACAGUUUGGAUGACUCCACCUUUAAAGAUGGCCUAGAAGUGAAACCAAUAUUGAACCACUACAGGGACAACGUAGUUACCGAGCAGGCUCGCAUCCUGGUGGACUGUGGAGAAGACAAUCUAUGUGUUCCCGACCUGAAGCUGUCAGCCAGACCAGAUAAGCAUCAGAUAAUUAUCGGGGAUGAAAACCACCUUAUGCUCAUCAUAAAUGCAAGAAAUGAAGGAGAGGGAGCCUAUGAAGCUGAACUCUUCGUUAUGAUCCCUGAAGAAGCGGACUACGUUGGGAUUGAGCGCAACCUCAAGGGACUGAGGCCACUGAGCUGCGAGUACAAGAUGGAAAACGUGACCAGGAUGGUGGUGUGUGACCUUGGGAACCCGAUGGUGACUGGAACAAAUUUUUCUCUGGGCCUCCGAUUUGCUGUUCCUCGUCUCGAGAAAACAAAUACAAGCAUUAACUUCGAUCUCCAAGUCAGAAGCUCCAACAAGGACAAUCCAGACAGCAAUUUUGUGAGUCUGCAGAUCAACAUCACUGCUGUUGCUCAAGUGGAAAUAAGAGGAGUGUCUCACCCUCCGCAGAUUGUCCUGCCCAUCCACAACUGGGAACCACAAGAGGAGCCCCACAAAGAGGAGGAAGUCGGUCCUUUGGUGGAGCAUAUUUAUGAGCUGCAUAAUAUUGGACCCAGUACCAUCAGUGACACCGUUCUUGAAGUGGGCUGGCCAUUCUCUGCACGGGAUGAGUUUCUCCUCUACAUUUUUCAUCUUCAAACUCUGGGACCUCUACGAUGUCAAACAAAUCCUGAGAUCAACCCACAGGAUAUAAAGCCUGCUGCCUCCCCGGAGGACACCCCCGAGCUCAGUGCCUUCUUGAGAAAUGCUACAAUUCCUCACGUUGUCAGGAAAAGGGAUGUGCCGGUGGUCCAACUCCACAGACAGAGCCCGACAAAAAUUCUGAACUGCACAAACAUCGAGUGUUUGCAAAUCUCUUGCACAGUGGGGCGACUCGCAGGAGGAGAGAGCGCAGUCCUGAAGGUCAGAUCAAGACUGUGGGCCCACACGUUCCUCCAGAGAAAGAACGAUCCCUAUGCUCUUGCAUCCCUGGUAUCCUUUGCAGUGAAGAAGAUGCCUUAUAAAGACCAGCCAGCAACACUCCCCACAGGAAGCAUAGCAAUUAAGACGUCGGUUAUUUGGGCCACUCCGAAUGUCUCCUUCUCCAUUCCAUUGUGGGUCAUAAUACUAGCAAUCCUUCUUGGCUUGCUGGUUCUGGCCAUAUUAACUUUAGCUUUAUGGAAGUGUGGAUUCUUUGAUAGAGCAAGGCCUCCUCAGGACGAAAUGACAGACAGGGAACAACUGACAAGCGACAAGACACCAGAGGCAUGACUCGGAAACAUGAAGACCUACAAUUCAAACACUGGUCCUGUUCCCAGAAAGACAGAAGGGACACAAGAGUGAAGUGAUCAUAGCCUUCCAUACCUGCCAGUGACGUAAGGACUGGAAGGGUACCUGAUGAUCACCUCAUCUACUUCAUGCAUUGACAUGGAGUGCAGAGAACCCUGUGGGAAAAGAAACCACCAACACUGUAGAAACAAUCAGCAGUCAUGACAAUUUCUUUUGCGUCCACCAUUUCACAUCUGGCUGACAUUUUGGAAUGGCUGUGGGAACUCAGGCGGCUGUCCAGAUCAGCCCAAUAUGACUUGCAGAAAUGAUUCCUACAGAGACGGGAUGAACGGAGAUUGAACACUACUGUAACCCAAUGGAAUCUCUGACACCUCCCUAUGGAAGAGAAACCUUUCUAAGGAUGUGAUGGCUCAGGGAGACAAAGCAAUAUGUUGUCAGGACUGUGAAAGUACUUGUGGAACAACAAAGACCAUUCCAUUAAGUGAGGACAAAAAACUGUAUUUAUUUAUUUUCCAUUUCUCUAGGUAGAGAACCAGGCCAUCUAGAGAAUUUGGAAAUUACGAUAUAGUUGGCUAGAUUUCAACAUCACUCAGCUUGUUUCUUCUUAAGACAAUGGCUCUGCGCAGAUAACAUGUUCAAUUGGGCUUCUAUUUUUGUAAGACAGUGUUGCACACAAAUUGGUAUUAGGAGUCUGUGUUGCUUAAUAUCUUGCUGCCUUCUACCUGGAGUUACUUUUCUUCAUGCUCUCCAGAAACUCACAUCUGCAUAAUUCAACACAACAUUUUGUAUUUAUAGUUCCUUUUAUACAUGUAAAAAAAACUAUUUCCACUGAUUUCUUUAAAGCAUUAAUUUCAAGAUACUCACUACCCUAAUGGUAUUUAAAAGUACUGGCACAAUUUGUAGAGUCCAUAUAAAAAAUAAUUUAACAAUAUGGGUGAAUAUUAUUUUAAUAGCUAUAGUAAACACCAAUAUUUAGCUUGGGAUCUACACACCUGUUUUGUUGUAAUACCUCACACUUAUAUAAAAGAGAAAAUGUGUUGAGUAUAAAUAAGAUGGAGAUACGUGAAGUUAACCAGGUGUGAGACAAAUAGAAAACUCACUCCUAAGGACCUAACAAUACUUUUUACAGCUUUAUUACCUACUCCUUACUAUUAAUCUUUCCUCGAACGUAAUCUUGGAAAAUAAUUACCAUCAUCUUUACUUAAGCAUCCAGAAAAUGUUGCUUAAAGCUCUUGUAAAUAAUCCAUAAUCAUUUGUAAUGUUACCAUUUUGAAGUAAUAUUGACCAGCCAAAUUCAUAAGAUGGUCUGCACAAGUUUAUAUCGUUUUUAUAAUAAGGAAAAAUUGCUAUGGAGAAAUGCUGAACAAAAUUUUAUGUGCAAUAUAUAAAAGACCUAUGUAUCUGAGGCAUGUUUACACUGGCGUUAGUUAUUUUUUAAAUUAAUAUCCUGAAUACUAAGUCUGAUACAACAAGCUGACCAAAAUCCUAACGUUUACAAAGCACUCUAGAAAAUCUGUGUCUCAAUUUCAACAGUGACACUUUAUUUGAAAGAUGAGCCAAACUCACAGACAGUAAAUUUUAUGUGGUGCCUUAACCUGGAAAGGAGCCACUUGGCUUCAGUUGCCAAAGUUCCUUGGAAAGCAAAUGAAAGGCAUAGAGACAGACAUUGUUGCUGUUCAUCUUCUCCUGCGUGCCAAUUAAAUCUGUCCUGGUAGCCGAUUCAAGUUUAUCAGGACCUCACAUCUAGUUCCCAGUCUGUGUGGCUAGUGUCUGGGGAGUCUUGCACUUGCCUCAAAGAGUUUUGAGGAUUCCAUACCAGCCUCUGGAGUUGCCUUCGCUGUUAGUCUAUUUGAUAGAACCAGUUUCAUAGACAGAAAGCCAUCUAUGUAAUAUGAUUUGAGAGAUGACGAACAGCUCUCUCUACGAUACACCAUGAUUUAACUUUUGUGAUUUCUGAUGUGGGACCAAUACAAACUCCUCAGAAGUUUGGAAUGAAUCUCUGGUCUUGAAAGAACUCAAGAGAACUCUUAGGGCUACACAUAGGAACUAGAGGAGACAGUUUAUACAGCCAUAUGGGGAAACUAGAGAUGCCGGGGGAAGGCAGGACCAAUACAGAAAAAAAGAUAUGGGGAAAUCAAGGGGAAACCAUGGCUUCCCAUUGUCUCCACUAUGGAAGUGCAGGGAGCUGUCAUCCACAUGCACACAGAAACCUGAGGUCAAGUGAGCCCUCCAGUGGUAUGUUCUCAGACACCCCAUCCUCACAGAGAACACUGAGUAUACAACAAUGCUCACAGCAUUGCUGAGUCUUUCAUAACUCAUGUGCGGGGCUUCACCAGGAGACUAUCUGUGUUUCUCUUCAUCAAGUUCUUUUUUCUACUUCUUGCAGCUGUUUUGUUUCUACUUUGUUUGGUUUGGUUUGGUUUGGUUUUUUAUAAGACACGGGGAAACGAGCAGAUUUCGUAAACUUGGAGAUUUUUAUACAGUAAAGUAAUAAUGUUCUACUCAUCACUGAAAUCCAAAUCUUUGAACUCUUGUUUUAUUUAAAUACAUGUGUAGAAAUGGUGGGGAUUUUCAUGUACCUAUUUACAUUGUCACCAAUAAAAUUAAAAGUUAAAGACACAAA